AUGAAAGCGGAUCGGUGGCUACAAAACAAGUUGCCACUUGUAAUCAACUCUCAAGCGGUGCAUGGUGCAGAGCAGAGUACCACAAGACAUUCUUCUGAAGAGAUAUCGAAGGAGCUAAAGAUGAACAAACUGAGCAAACAGAGAUCUGGAUAUGAUGUCCACUCCGAUGAAAUAAAGGGAAAAAUGGGCCAUGGAAUGGAAGAUUACAUAGCGGCGGAAAACAGGAAAAUCGACGGCUAUGAGUUGGGGUUGUAUGCAAUUUUCGACGGCCACUCUGGCCGUGACGUUGCAGAAUACUUGCAAGGUCGUCUGUUUGACAACAUUCUAAGUGAGCCGGACUUCUGGACAAGCCCAAAGAAGGCAGUGAGGAAAGCGUAUGAAGCUACGGACGAUGAGAUAUUGAAAAAGGUGGUUGGUUCGCGAGGAGGUUCCACUGCAGUAACCGCAAUACUAAUUGAUCAAAGAGAGCUAAUCGUAGCAAACGCCGGCGAUUCUCGAGCAGUCUUGUGCAGGAAUGGCAAGGCAAAGCAGAUCAGCGUGGAUCAUGAACCAACAAAGGAAAAAGAACUCGUUGAGAGCAAAGGCGGAUUUGUGACUGAAAUGCCCGGAAGCGUUCCACGCGUGGAUGGGCAGCUAGCGAUGACAAGGGCAUUUGGCGAUGCAAAACUGAAGGAGCAUAUUACAUCUGAACCGGAUAUUAAGGUCGAAAAUAUCGACGAUGAUACCGAAUUCAUCAUUUUGGCUAGUGACGGCUUUUGGAAAGUGAUGUCAAACCAGGAGGCCUACAAUUCAAUUGAAGACAUGGAAGACGCUCAAGAAGCAGCUGAGACGUUAAUUAGGGAAGCGCUCUCCAGAAAAAGCUACGGUGACAUAUCCUGCAUAGUUGUUAUGUUCCACUGA